UUUACCACAAGGCACGAUAUGAUUGUAGAACUAGUGGGAAAAAGUCUCAAGUAGAAAAUGCCUAUGAUGGUCAAGCAAUCUCAGCCGUCGGUAAAAUUUACCGUCACGAGGUAUAUAGACAAUUACAGAAUUUGAGCUUCUUCCUGUUUGGCUGUUAAAAACCCUCGGACGGGUGAACCCUCUUGCACAUCAUCUAUCGAUUUUCUCUCUCUUUGAAAACCUCGAUUUUUUGUUUAUAACAUUUCUGUUUUGGCGGGCAAAUUCUAUGUUGUUGUCUGGAUAAAUCAAAGAGAUGGGUGAUAGUGGAAUGAUGUUGGAGUCCAAUGAGAUCGAGAGUGACCCGGCCGGACACAGGUAAGUGGCAUAAUAAUCACCCUUGAAGAGAAAGAGGAAGACGAAGAUUCAGGAGAACACAUUUGCACUCUCAGCGGUCAAUCACACAGCGAAGAUGGAAGUUGCAUCUAUGGAUAUUCCAGUUGUCAAGGCAAAAGGGCUACAAUGGAGGAUUAUUAUGAUGCAAAAAUAUCAAAUAUUGAUGGACAUAGGGUUGGGUUUUUUGGAGUUUUUGAUGGCCAUGGUGGCUAUCAUGCUGCCGAGUAUUUAAAGCAACAUCUUUUUGAGAAUUUGACUAGCCAUCCCAAAUUUUUUACGGAUACCAAACAGGCCAUAAGUGAAUCCUAUCAGCAAACUGAUGCCGAAUUUUUGAAGGCUGAAAGUAGUAUUUACAGAGAUGGUGGCUCAACAGCUUCAACAGCAGUAUUAGUUGGGAAUCAUCUGUAUGUUGCCAAUGUUGGAGAUUCUCGAGCAGUUAUAUCAAAGGCAGGGGAAGCCAUUCCCCUUUCUGAAGAUCACAAGCCUAAUAGGAUUGAUGAACGCCAGCGCAUUGAGAAAGCUGGAGGAAUUGUUUUGUGGGUUGGUACAUGGAGAGUAGGAGGUGUUCUUGCUGUGUCUCGUGCAUUUGGCAACAGAUUAUUGAAACAGUAUGUUGUGGCUGAACCUGAGAUUCAGGAAGCAGUGAUCGAUGAUGAACUGGAGUUAUUAGUUCUCGCAAGUGAUGGGCUAUGGGAUGUAGUUACCAAUGAGGAUGCAAUUUCUCUUGUUAAAUCAAUAGAAGACCCAGAAGUUGCAGCUAGGAAGUUGACGGAAACUGCUUAUGCUAAUGGGAGUGCAGAUAAUAUCACUUGUCUUGUGGUGCGAUUUCAUAAGGGCAAAUGAGAUUUGUUUUUUCAACAGUACAAAAAUUAACAUAAUAUAAGAUGCUCUUGUAAUUAAAAUCAUAAUCUGCCUCUGCACUAAUAAAAACAAUGAGGCAUGAAAGCAAAGUGGGAUGAUAUUGCUUUCUGGAGAGGUAUAUUAUUAUGGUGACUUUGUCACUCCAUUUGAAAAAUAUCAUGUUCUUUUUGCAUUUUU